AUGUACUCAACCAAGGUACUAAACAAGAAUAUCGCCCAGAGCUACCUCACCAUCGGUGAUCCGUACCGAGACCCGCACCUGAUCGAGAGCAAGAACUCGCGUCACAAAGGCAAACAGAUCCUCACUGUACCAGCAAAAAACACUUGCAAUGGUUCCGGAUAUUUCGAGAAGAAGACGUACGCUUCCGAUCCGCUCCAGGACAACACAGCGUACGUCAAGUCCCAGCCGAUGGACACGCGCAAGUCUGGUUUUGGAUCUAAGGAUGCAAGUCGACGAGAUGAGUUUAUGAGCCAUAUUCGCACGGAGCAGUACCGCGAGACGCUGCACACGGAGAUGAAGAUCCUCGACAAGCAGAAGCAGAACGAUCCUCCUGGUCUCUUCGAUGCUCUUGACUCUCUGAACCAGAACCACCACUUCCCUGAAGGUCUUCAGGAGACCAAGCAUCUGUACGACAUUGGGCGCUCGCAGACUACCGAGUUCAACCAGAAGUCGCACCGAGACACUUUCUACACAAUGCGUGUGGGCAACUCCCACUACAAGCGCAACAACGGACCGUUCAUGCUCACGUCCGAGUCGAUCGGUCUCGGUGCUGACGAUGUCACUGGAAAUCGACCGACGCCGAAGGGAGCAAGCACCAGACAGUUCUACGACCACAGCCACCUGCACACGUGA